GGCAAAAACAUAGAGGAGGAAGUGAGUCGUCGGUAACAGAGCGACAAAAUUAGCCGUUUUAAAACCUCAUAAAUGACGUUAAUGCUUCAAAUUGAAUUCUAAAAGUGUCUCGGAAUUCGACUCUUUGUCCAUAAACGUUCUUUAAACACUGACAAAUAAGAUGUCAGUCAACGCGUCGUGUCAGUCUGUCUGUCAGGAGAGGACCGUGUCGAGCCUCCUCGCUGGUCGCGUGGUGAAGAGGCCAAAGCUGGACAAUGGUCGGCGGCUGCAGGACGCAGCUAUUCAACUGUUGCAGCAGCAGCAGAACCUCAGUGGUCUCCUCAGGGAGGUGGAGACUUUGAAACCCCACAGCAGAGUGUGUGUUCAGGGAGCUGCGGUAUCUGAAGGUGUCUCCUCUGCUGCUGCAGCAUCACUGCUGGUGAGCGAGCUGAGGCGUCAGGCGGAGCAGCUGGGCGUCCCCGUGGUGGCGCUCUCUGUGACGACGGCGCUGCAGAGGCUGAAGGAGAUCAUCGCAGGAGGAGGAGGAGGAGGACAGAGGCGGGAGCUGCUCACUUCCUCUCAGAGAGUCCAGCUGUGUGUCCUGCUGGAGUCCAGCAAGGAGCUGAUGUCCCAGGGAGUCUUCUGUCCUAAACUGCUGUGGCAGGAGUACAGGGCUGACCAGAGGCAGACAGUCAGUCUGGAGGUGUUGUACCAUCUUCACAGUCACGGCCUCCUCUCCCUCACGUUCAUCCUCCAAAGUGACGACGGCGUCGGACUGUGGUUGGCGUCGCGGCUGAAAGCUCUGUGCAGUUGGACUCCGCCUCCUCUGGAGGAAGAGGAGGAGACCAAACACAUCCAACGGCGAGUGUUGUCUCUGCUGCUCCGGGUCUUGGUGGGAUCUGGAUUUGAGUCGAGCAGCGAAGCGUCAUCAUCGUCUCUGCUCUGCCGCUCUGUCCUCGACGACGCACUCUUCUGUGAGUUCCUCUUUGAUUUCAGAGUAAAAGCACUUUACUGCAUUUACUUCACUGAAGGGUCUCACUACAUUUAUGUACUCUCGUUUUUUAAAGACGUUCAAAUGGAUUUUCUGUCUUUUUUUUCUUCAGGUGUUCUGGACACAGUGGACAAGCAAAGUGACACAGCAGGAGCCGAGCUAUGGGUUCAGUUACUGGACGCUUCGUUGUGCGGGGCGUCGGCGUCGCCUGAAGCUCUUCAGCGUUGUUUCACUCACUCGCUCACACAGACGCUCACGUACAAGCCUCGACUGACAGUGUCAGACGCCGUCCGUCUGCAGAACCAGUGGACGUUUGCCAAAGCCAGCCGCCUUCUCACUCUGCUUUUCCGGAAGUUGUCUGUCAUCUUUAGUGCGGAGCUGCUCUUGCGCCACCUGCAGCGGGUUCUGGAAACACACGAGGUGAACUGGAAACACGUGCUGUGCUUCCUGUCCACACUGCUGGUUUACAACCCUGACGCUGAGUCCAACCUCCGAGAGCUGCUGACCUCUCUGCUGACCUCAGCGUUUGAAGGCUACGACUUGGAGCACAUGGUCACGGCGUUCUUGUUGGCUCGGCAGGGGGCGCUGGAGGGAAUGGCCAUCUUCUCCUCCUCCUACACUGACUGGUUCAAGAUGUCCUUCGGUGGGAGCAGUGGUCUCCACGCUGCCAGUAAGAAAUCGCUGGUCUUUCUGCUGAAGUUCCUCUCUGACCUGGUUCCUUUUGAGCCUCCACAGUAUCUGAAGGUCCACAUCCUCCACCCUCCAUUUAUCCCCACCAAACACCGCAGCCUCCUGAUGGAGUACGUGUCUCUGGCCAAGACCAGACUGACCGACCUCAAGGAGUCGGUGGAGAACAUGGGCUUAUAUGAGGAUGUCUCUGGUGCAGGUGGAACAUCAGCUCAGGACGUGGAGAAAGCAGUUUCUUUGUUUGAAAGCACAGGAAGAAUCUCCACCACAGUCAUGGAGGCCAGUAUUUUCCGGAGGCCCUAUUUCCUGACGCGCUUCCUUCCUGCCCUGCUGACGCCGCGGGUGCUCCCUGUGAAACCUGACGCUCGCAUGAGUCUCAUCCAAGCUUUGAGAAAAACGGACAAGAUCCCCGCUGCACAGUACUCGUCAUACGUGGAGUCGUGUCACAAACACACACGACAGGACGAGAGAGCGGUGUGUUUGGACGCCGGCGAUGAUCCUGUGGAGGUGCUGAGACUUCAGCUGCACGGGUUCAGAGAGCUGCUGGAUGUUGAAGGAAACGAUGGCGAGAUGACGGCUCAGCUGUCCAGGGUCUCGGACACGCUGAGCGUCAUCUUCCCCGGUCGUGCCGAUGAUGUCACUGAACCGACGGUCAUCAGAGUUCACGUAGACUCUCCUCUGUCCCCUGAGCUGCACGUCACAGUCGUUAACAUGAUCCUCAGACAUUUCUGCCAGUGCCUGUUGGACGCUUCCCGCACAAAUCCUCCAAAUAAGCAGAACCAGUGGGCCUCCAGGUUUGUCGCUGUGUUGCUUGGUAACACACAGCUCCUGUCAGGCCUCAUUCACAGACUCUGGGACCUGUUUCAUAACCAGGGCUCAUCGCUGAGCUCCGCCCACCUUCUCGGCCUGGGAGCAUUUGUCGUCCACCUCCACGCCUCCAUGACCCACAGUCACCUGAUCCUUCUGGCUCCGCCCCAUCUGCCCGAACUGGCACCUGUGGCAGAAGCCGUGUGCUCGGCGCUGGUGUGCAGCACGCACUCGGACAUGCUGUUCUGUGUCAGGUUGUGUGUGGCUGCUGUGUGUUACGGGAUCUGUGUGGAGCAGUAUUUAGUGUUUUGUGUCUUCAGGCAGAACCAGUGGGCCUCCAGGUUUGUCGCUGUGUUGCUUGGUAACACACAGCUCCUGUCAGGCCUCAUUCACAGACUCUGGGACCUGUUUCAUAACCAGGGCUCAUCGCUGAGCUCCGCCCACCUUCUCGGCCUGGGAGCAUUUGUCGUCCACCUCCACGCCUCCAUGACCCACAGUCACCUGAUCCUUCUGGCUCCGCCCCAUCUGCCCGAACUGGCACCUGUGGCAGAAGCCGUGUGCUCGGCGCUGGUGUGCAGCACGCACUCGGACAUGCUGUUCUGUGUCAGGUUGUGUGUGGCUGCUGUGUGUUACGGGAUCUGCAGAGGAGAGUCGAUGCCACCGCAGCAGCGGGAGGUCUACGUUCUCAGCGGCUUCUAUAAGAAGCUUCUUUACCUCAUCCCUCGACUGUUGCCUGAGGCGAGAAGGACGACUCCUGUCGCCGCCGAGGAGAACUUGACCGGGCUGUGGAGCGGCAGCACCUGGAGAAGAACUGCCUGGCGUCUGUGGACGCACGCCGCCUUUCACCAGCUGCACAACUCACCACGGUAUCAGCUGCUGUUGUCAGAAUGGCUGAAUCAUGAGCUCAGAGUCCAGAGAAGUCAAGACGUCCUGUCUGACCCAGAGCGUCAGGAGUACCAGCAGUGGGCGUGUCUGGAGCUUUACUGGCCUCGUCCUGAGGAGCAGGGAGGCUGUGGAGGAGACGUGAAGGUUCUCUGUUCUCGUCUCCUCGACGCCGUCAUGGACCAGUCGUCAGGUGACGUGACUGUGGAGAUGCUGCAUCACAGAUCACAGACGGCCAGAGGAACCUGUCUGCCAGACAUCAUGUCCAGAUUACAGGAGGUGGUGUGUGAGAUGGAGGUGACAGACCAUGUGUGCGACUUCCUGUUUGAGUUUGUGUCGCAGAGAUGCUGCUCACCUGCAGACUCACCGCUGAGCAUGUGGAACAGAGUGCUGCUCGCUCUCCCGCCACUGCUCUUCAUUAAGGUGAGAGAUGAAGGAGGGAGGAAGACUCUGGACUGCACCACACUGAUCCAACACAUCAAUCAGCAUCAGAGGACGACGUGUUCUCCCGCAGGAUCGCUGUCCUUCCACCUCACAGCUCAUUUCCUCAGAGGUGUGUUACGUGCCAGCGCUUGUUGUGAAAGUCCAACAGAAGAAGUGAACAAGGCGUGGUGUCAGAUCAGUGUCCAGUGUCCUCUGCUCCUGACCUCCACAGUGCUGUGGUGGGAGUGUCUGUCUCUGCAGUUGUCGUCGCUGUGGUCUCGUGUGUGUGAUGAAGAUUCUCUGCCACAGCAGCUGCAGCUCAUCACUGACUGUCACAGCUGGGCAAACAGUGUGGUCAGCAGCUCGUCGGCGUCGGCGACGCCUGCAGCUCCAGCUCUGAUGUUAGCCUCUAGCCUUCAUCGCUCCUGCCAACGUCCAGGCCACAACUUCAGUGCAGCUCUGAACCUGCUGCGACCAGAGAGGAGUGCACAACACCGACAGGUGCUGGUGUUUCUGUUGUUCCUGUGUGUAAACGAGUAUCUGUCAGCUGUUCUCUGCUCUCAGGAGACAAACGUGGACAAGUGUCUGCGUCUGUGUUCACGUCUGGUGUCUGUGUUGGUCGACACGCCUGAUUGGCUGCUCCUCUUCAAGUCCAGCGCAGAACAAGGUGUUUAUCAGUCGGUUACCAUGGUAACGACAGAUCAGGUCACUCGCCUGAUGCCUUGGGCCUUUUACAGUGUGUUGCAGCAGCAGAGUUCAGAGCUUCAGCUCAAAGCCGCCGUCAAAUGUCCAGGUUUCCUUCAAACCUCCGUCCUCUGCUACGUCAGUCUGCUGCAGCUUUUCCUGGACGGACACACACUGACCGCUCGCUCCCGUGACCAGCAGAUUCUGAGUCGAGCCAAGUCCUCCCUCCUGACAGUCAUCUCACUGUCGCCCCCUGCUGCUUUGUCUUCAGGACAACUCAGACAUUUGGAGUCUCAGUGUUCAGACCUGGAUCCAGAGGUGGCGGCAGCUCUGUCGGCGCACCUGAGCGUCCCCAGCCUCAGUCCCGAGAUGGACUUCCUGUGAAGAGCCGGACUUCUGCAGACGACUGACCUGCAGGCAGGAAAAUAAUCUCUGGAUUUUGUAUCUCUAACAGAAAUAUGUCCUCUUCUUUUUUGUGCUUUGUAAAAACAAAAUCUACAUUUUAUUAACACACGUAUGCAGAAGAGAAGAAUCACGUGACCUGAAACAGACAUGACGUAAAUGUGAAUUAAAAUCAAAGUCUCUUCACUCGA